GCCGGGUAGGGUGCAGGCGGGGCCAGUCAGGUGCAGGCGGAGCGGGUGGGCCCCGCUGCUCCGUGAGGUCGGGAAUUUGUAGACGGGGCCUUGCCGCGCCGUGCCGUGCCGGGGCUGGGCCAGGUCAUGUUACACGUGCGGGGACUGCUGGGCCGGGCGGGGCUGCGGGACACUCGCACCUGCACCGGCACCAGCACCGGCAGGAGCAGCAGCAUGCAGCGAGGUAACAACAUCUCCUACGAAGACAUGAAGGCGCUGGUCGCUGGCGGGGGAGCUCGCAUCUUUGACGUGCGCUCUCCGGAGGAGGUGGCCAACGGGCACAUCGCCAACUCCAUUAAUAUCCCAGUGACAGAAAUCGAAGAAGCCCUGAAGAUGGAUCCUGAGACAUUUAAGAUGAAGUAUGCUGUGGACAAGCCCCAGGUGGAUGAGAAGAACCUCAUCUUCCACUGCCAGAUGGGCCGGAGGGGGGCUCUCGCCGCAGAGAUCGCCAAGACCCUCGGCUAUACCAAUGCACGUAACUACGCUGGCGGCUACAAGGAGUGGUCUGAGAAGGAAGGGAAGUGAGUCUGGCGGGGCUCGCCAAGGCCAGUGCCUUUGUCUUUUCACCUAAGUGCCAACACUGCACUACAGACUCUUCCUUCGCUUCACUGCCACGUCGUCCUCCCCGGCUGCUUUUGCCCAGUGUUGCGGUGCGUCUGUCUGGACAUCCUGCCUAAAACACCGGCCUUUGAAGCUGCCGCUUGGCUCUGAGCCUGGCCUUCCGGCCUGGAACCUGCACUUGUUCAUUCUCUACCUGCAGCACAGCUGUCCUCUUAACCCCGGUAUUUGUACCUUGGUGGGGGUCCUUCCUCUUCUCCCAGGUCUGUCCUGUUGGUGGGGAAAGAGGCUUUUUUAGAUGGCAAUAAAAUUGGAUGCUUUGCAAC